AUGUCGGCCGCCGGCGCCGGCAAGCGCCCGCCCACGCUGUCCGGCAACCUCAUCCUGCGUCGCGUGAUCAACGCGGUCGUCAAGCUCGCGGUUGCCGCCUACCUGCUGGCCUACCUGCUGUCCUUCACGAGCGCCAGCCCGCUGUGGAAUCUGCCCGCGGCGAUCCUUGCCGUGGCGGCGUUCCGAUGGAUGUCCAGCCGCGUGGUGGUGCGCCCGGGGGCCCGUGGCGCCGGGGGGGCCGAUGCGCGGCGCAGGAGGCAGAGGCGGUUCGGAGGAUCGGCGUGGCACGCGCAGAAGCCGGCGGGCGGGGUGGACAGGGACGCGUGGAGGCGGGGCGUGAACGCGCCGAUCGUGGCGAGCGCGUGGGACGCGCUGUGCGGCAGCAUCAUUCAGGAGUUCGUGUAUGACACAUGGUACAUGUCUCUCACCCCGGACCGCGAAUUCCCUGCUGAAGUUCGGCGGUUACUCAAUGGGUUCUUUGCGGAUUUGGCCCAGAGGGCCCGAAAAAUUGAUCUCAGAGCAGUGCUGCUCGGGGAGCUGUGCAAUUUGUUUUCAGAUUACCUUGAUCUCUAUCGGACCACAAAAGUGGGUGUGGGCCUUGUGCACGAGGGUCAUUUGACGCCAGCAGCCAGGGAUAGGGCAUUCCAACUGGAGAUGAGGACUGAGAGCACGCUGCACCCAAGUUUCCACACGCGGGACGGUCACUACAGGGUGAUCCGGGGCAUCGCAGAGGGCAUUGUGUCCCACUCGGUGUCCAAGCUGGAUCUUGACCGUCCCUACAUCAAGGCACUGGCACGGGAGCUCAUUGCAACGUGCGUUCUGAGGCCCGCUAUAAUGUACUUCAACCCAUACAAUGCAUCUAGGAUCGUCUUGUCGUUGUAUCCGGAAGAACUGGAACAGAUCCAGGCCAAGAUUUCAAAGAGGAUGGAGGAGAUGGUCGGCAAGAAAGACCUAGCCGAUGGACAUUUCGAAUUUGAGGAGCGUGCAAGAAGGGCGGCAGAGUUGGAAGUGAAGGCUCACAAGAAAUCCAGGCACAGAGCCAGUGGGAUUCCGCUCCACCACCGCAAGGAAGCCAGUUCAGCUGAGGAUUCAGGCGCUGAAGUGCCACUCAUGGUGGGAAAGCCCCGCAUCUUGGAUUCACCCCAUGAGGGCGAAUACCCACUGAAUGCUGAGGAUGCAUCCUGGAGGGAUGACAUUGCAUCAGAGGCGAGCUCAGCCAUCACUGAGCAGCGCUCGGUGGCGUCUGAGCCACUCAGCUCGGCAUCUGCCUUCUCCCCAACUCUGCAGUCAAGCGCUUGCAGGGCAUCGGAUAUUGCACUGUCAGGUCGUGCUGGCAGCCCUCCAGUGCCAGUGCUUGGGCCUCCAAUGGAUUCAUCGUCCAGCUUGCCAUUCUCGAACUUCGAGAUGUCAAAUGAGGGCCCCUCCUCAUUUGUUGGGUGGCCCCGAGCACGGGUGGUGGCGCCAGAAUUCAAGGUGGUGGGAUCCAAAGAGUACGUGGUGUUCAAAAUCAGGGUGGCAGACGAUGAAGGGGAAUGGACUGUGGCCAGGAGGUACCGAAACUUUGAGGCACUGCACAAGAAACUGCGAGACAUCGCUGAAUACAGGAACCUGGGUGCCAAGCUGCCCCCAAAGCGUUAUCUCCUCCACUUCCAGACAACCGAAUUCGUGGAGGAAAGAAGGGUGGCACUUGACAAGUACCUGCAGUCUGUGCUGAGCUCCAGCAUUCUGGCGAGCCACCCGGAAGUGCUCAACUUUCUGUGCAAGCAGCACACAAGCAGAUACCGGCCAGACGCCGACGUGAGCUUGUUGAGUACAGUGGCGAACAACGCUGAUAGUGUUAAGCACAGCCUGAAGACAGCGGUCGAGGAUGUGCUUGUUGAAGGGAAGGUUCGGUGGUCUGGGAGGUACAAGUCCCCAGAGAAGCAGCCGGUCCCUUGCGGCCCGCCCAAGGGCAGCGUUCCUCAGGCUAGCCCCAACGAGGCGCUCCACCAGAACUGGAGCACGGGCAACAUGCAAGCUCUCCCUCACGUGCAAGUCAGGCAGCAAGACCCCCGCCUCAGCCAAACGGGCCAGCAGAGUGUCCUGUUGUCUCCCAGAGCCUUAUCUGACAGCUCGGGGCCGCCUUCGGCAAGGAACACACCUUCGGGGACGCCCAGCCGAGACGCCAGCCCUGCAAGAGCGGGCCGCGUGCCAAGGCUGCCCCUGUCGUCGAGCAUGCCAACUGGGAGGUCGGACAUGCAGCAGGAUUUUGCCGGAGCAAAGGUUGUGGACCUGAAGGCAUCAACCACAUCGGCCGAUGGCUGCCUGCCAGAUGCGGCGACCAGGUCGCCUGUAGGGCAUGAUGCCAGCUUAGGAGGUGGCGGCUUGCGCUCGAGCGAGGUGUACCAAGAGGCGUCCUCCCUUGGCCGCCAUCGCCAUCCGGAUGAUGAUGACUUUGAGACGGACUGGGACGCCGAGCUUGAGGACUAUGCUGGAAUCAGCGCCCCGCUGUACCAAGUGGUGGAGCGAGUGUUCGACAUUCCAGCACAGAAAUUCUUCAGGAGGCAGGUGUUUCAGGCCGUGCGGCAGCUGCUGUCCUUGCUGGCGGGCGACUUGAUCGACGUGUACUUGAAGGAGCAGUUCAAGAGCAUGCGCACGGAACACACCAUCGCCCGGCUGAUCCACCAGCUGAAGAACGCCCUGUGGCCUGGGGGCAAGUGGUUUGGGUCGCUGGGCCCCUUCGCCGAGGCCCGCGCUGCCCUGAACAAAGGAGGGCGGCCAAAGGGCAUCGACAGGGACAAGUACUUGGAGCCGCUGCUUCGGCCGCCCGAUGAAGAGGAGAUGGCUGAGCGCCUCAGGCACAGGCUCAUCACCCAGGCCAACCCCGUGUUCACGCGCCUGUUGGGGAAGAGUACCUACCUGAAGGGCAUCCAGGAUCUGUACGACAUGCUGCAGCUCCCCACGUUCAUGACGCAGCUGGGCUAUGGCGUAGUGGAAAUUGUCGUGCUCGCACUGUACCCUGAGUUGGAGGACCUUUUUGGUCGAAUACAUGAUCCUGGCCGCAAGGGAUUGUCCUGA